AUGACCUGCCAACAUGCUCAAACCUCCUCCAUGAUGCCAGACACCGCAUACGGCAAUGAUGGCACCCUUGACCGAAUGCUACGGAUGAACCAACGCUCCAAGUGCCCGCCGGCUAUCUUCAUACAUGCUGGGGCUGGUUUCCACAGCACCCAAAAUGAAAGGGUUCACCUUAAAGCCUGCGUCACAGCCGCAGAGAUGGGAAUGAAGUUCUUGAGAGCCGGUGCCACUGCCACCGAAGCAGUUGAGGCAUCCCUUCGUAUCCUCGAGGAUCAAGAAAUUACGAACGCAGGGUACGGCUCGAACCUUUCCAUUGACGGAACUGUUGAGUGUGAUGCAACCGUAGUUGAUCAUUUGGGUCGAAGUGGUGCUUGUGGUGCUGUACCCAAUAUCCGAAAUCCCAUCUCCCUGGCAAAACUUAUUUUGGAUCGAAGCAAUCAACCCCUGAGUCUCCGUCGUGUGCCUCCAAACGUCCUUGUAGGAGAUGGUGCUAAGACCUUUGCUGAGGAAUAUGGCAUGGUUACGCUCGCCAACGAAUAUCUUGUUUCCAAAAAUGCCCGUGACCGGUUUCUGCGCUGGCAAGAUGAUCUUAACCGAGCCGAGAAUAAGCUUAGGGAUACCAAAGCUACAGUAGGGCCGGAACAAGGGCCUUUGGCUUGUGACCCUUGCCAGUAUUCUACAGAUGUGCAGGACAUUCCAAGAGAUCACACUGCAGCAAUAAUGGCUGGAACCUGGAACGAAGGCCAACCGGAUUCUCCAUACCGUGGCACGCCAAUACCAGAAACAGGGGGCUCUGGAUCUUCCAGUCCAGCCAAUUACUUUCGCUCUCCGGGGGUUGCAAUUCCCAUAAGCAGUCGAACAUCAGUCCGGGCUACGACUGAACGGUCUCCUCCACCUCCAGGUGGCACUGUCAAUAAUAAAGUGAAUCCUUCUUGUUCGCGUGCCAAGGGCCGACAUGGGAAACCCGAUUCAGCUGCUCAAGGUUCUGGCAAGAAUGGUCAGCGUGUCGUAUCAGUUACUGAAGAAGCUGCCACAAGCUAUCGAGACGCUUUGAUGGUUCCUGAUCACGCAAGACCUCUGAAGGAACCAGAAAGUAGCUAUUCAACAAUGCCCGGUGGUCUGCGGGCCUCAGCUCCUUCUUAUCAAGGAUCUAAGCGAUCAAUCGUCCAGACCGGGGAGGACGGAGACCCUGGGCGUUCAAAGAAACCUUUCAUCCAACCCAGGACAGACGGGGAAGAGGACUUCAUUACUGACACUAUUGGUGCCAUUGCCAUAGACGAGAAAGGGCAUAUUGCUGCUGGGUCAUCAUCUGGUGGGAUUGGAAUGAAACAUCGAGGCCGCCUUGGUCCGGCAGCUCUAGUCGGUAUUGGAACAGCAGUCAUUCCCUGCUCAGAAGAUGACGAGGAGAGCAUUACAGUGGCCGCAGUUACAAGUGGAACUGGUGAGCAUAUGGCUACCACAAUGGCUUCUCAGAGAUGCGCCGAGCGCAUUUACCGAGGAACUCGCAAAGGGGCGGGAGGAGGUGACGUUCACGAUGAUGACGAGGACGCCAUUAUGGAAUCUUUCAUCGCUGAAGAUUUCAUGAACCACCCUGGUGUCAGAUCAUGCCAUUCUGCUGGUGCCAUUGGAGCAAUGGUGGUUAAAAAGACACCUUCAGGAUAUUAUCUCUACUUUGCACACAAUACCGACUCCUUUGCAUUAGCAUCGAUGGGCGCCUCAGAAAAGGAGCCCGUUUGCACAAUGUCUCGACUACCAGCAGGUGCUAAGAUCGCAAGAGGUGGACGGAAAAUCCGGCUUGAAUAA